AUGAUAUCUAUAGACGACGAUGAUUUGCUUGACUUCGAUGAUGCUUUUGAAACCAAUCAAACACCCAUUCAUGUUUCGUCGGGGGCCCUUUCUGACGACGCAGAUACUUUACUCAUCGAUGCUAAGGACAACUCUCUUGAAAUAUUUUCCAAGUCGAUUGACAGCGAACAAUACGAGGAAACAACUCAUUUUGACGAUCGGGAACUUGAAUUCCAACCCAAACCUUCCAGAGAUCGUUUUGCCACAGAACGCGUUGAGUUAGAUUGCAUAGAUAGCACAAAAUCGAACGAACUGGACAAACCUGCUGUAUUCAACAAAGCUGUUAUCGACCGAGUGUCACCGACUAUGUCCAUUAAAUCUACUAGCACCUUUAUUCGCCAGCCACAUUUUUCAAAUUCAUCUAGAUUUAUUCAUCAAAACAAUCAUCCUUUUCGCCCAGAUUCCCUGAUGAUCUCUCGUCCAAGCGGCAUCGGCCUUCUUUCGAAUCAAUCUAAUUUCUCCCAUCUGAUACCGAAGCAAAUCGGCUCUUAUGCCAAUUUGCUUUCGGGUCAAGGAAUUACUGACUUUCAAAGUGCAACGUUUUUCAAUAGUUUGCCAAAAUUCAAUCAGCGCCCUCUGAUGAACAGCUUUGCACCUGGUGGAGGUAAUUUCUUUCCCGACCGUCAGCAACAUCAGCUUCGCCGGCCUUUCAAUGCUUUUACCUUCCCAGACUUUGGUCUUGGACAAUUUGCCUCUGGCUUACUUGCUCCUGGGCUUAUUUUCCCCACUAUAACAGGGCAAUCGGCCGUCAAUUCACAGCCAUGGCGCUCUACUCAGCCUCACUUAUAUGCUCCGAGCCAGAUUGGCAGACAGGAGGCCGUGAAUAUCUUGAGUCCAUUCCUUCUAACUUCUCCUUCAGUGGCUCCAUCUUUUGCUUCAUCAAUCACUCCUAACCUUUCGACUUAUUCACAUCCACUUGGCCACCGUGCCACUGUCUUUUCACCAGGUCAGAAUUUUCUCUUUAGACCAACUUCGGCAAGUCGUUUUCACGGCGUAUUCUCUUCUGGUUCUCUUUCUGGCACCGUUCCAGGUCAGGCCAACUUGUCUCGUCAUUCGAGACAGAGAGCUCCGGGACUCAGGGCUGAAAGACAAGUUGUAGUAGCAAGACAGCCAUCAAUUCAGCAUGGCGUUUCUAAAACAAAAAAUCAGCCUCAAUCCGUAUCCGCAUCAUCACUGGGUGGGAAACGUCGUUUACUCGACAAUUCUGCUUCUAUUUCACCAAGUUUCAAGCGAACUAUGCCUGAUCCUGGCCAGCAGUAA